AUGGCAAACAUCCCAACCUACGUGUUGGGCGUAGGUUUGACCAAGUUCAUCAAGCCCAGGGGCCAGGUCGAAUACCCCGAACUAGGCUACGAGGCAGGCGUGAAGGCCUUGUUGGACGCCCAAAUCACCUACGACGAUGUGGAAACGGGCAUCGCAUGCUAUUGCUACGGGGAUUCGACCUCCGGACAGCGCGUCUUCUAUCAGUUCGGAAUGACGGAGAUUCCCAUCUACAAUGUCAACAACAACUGCUCCACCGGUUCGACAGGGCUCCAGCUGGCGAGGACUCUCAUCAAGAACGGUGCCGCAGAUUGUAUCCUGGUGAUUGGGUUCGAGAAGAUGAAGCCGGGAAUGCUCCGGAGUAAUUGGCCAGACAGACCAAGUCCUGUAGGAUUGGUGAAGAAGAUGACGGAGGUUACGGCAGGACUGGUGGACGCGCCGCCAAACGCUCAGUACUUUGGAAAUGCAGGAAGAGAGUACAUGGCCAAGUACGGCGCCCAAGCCUCGGAUUUCGCCGAGAUUGCUCGAGUGAAUCACGAGCAUUCUCAGCGCAACCCGUACUCCCAGUUCCGAGAGGUGUACAGCGUGCAAGAAGUGCUGGAUUCACCGAUGAUCUAUGCGCCCCUGACGAAGCUCCAAUGCUGCCCGACCAGUGACGGAGGAGGGGCCGCAGUCGUCGUUUCGCAGAGAUUUCUAGACUCGCGACCCCAUCUGAAAGACCAGGCCAUCCUGAUUGCCGGGCAACAGCUCACGACGGAUUCCCCACAGUUGUAUUCCCGCAGUGCCAUGGACCUGGUCGGGUUCGACAUGACGAAGCGGGCGGCGCAGGCGGCGCUCGCCGAAGCCGGCGUCCAAGCGAACCAGGUCAAGGUGUGCGAGCUGCACGAUUGCUUCUCGGCGAACGAACUCAUCACGCUGGACGCCCUGGGCCUCUCGGAGCCAGGGAAGGCUCACGAACUGGUCCGCAGUGGUGGCAUCACCUACGGCGGCCAGGUCGUGGUCAAUCCGUCCGGUGGGUUGAUCUCCAAGGGUCAUCCGCUUGGAGCCACCGGUCUCGCCCAGUGCGCCGAGCUGGUGUGGCAGUUGCGCGGCUGGGCUAACAAUCGUCUGGUCCAAGGCACAUCUGUUGCCCUGCAGCACAAUCUGGGCCUGGGAGGCGCCGCCGUCGUCACUGUGUACAAGCGGGCUGAUGGCAAGACUAAUUCCCCGGUGAGCAGCACCGACGUGGCUCGCAUUUCCGCCGCGGGCUACAAUCCGGCCGUCGAGGCAAGGGGUGUUACGGAAGCCGACGCCGCCAAAGUCCGAAGUAAGACCAAGAGAAGUGCCUGGGCCUUGGAUGAUGUGCAGGAGAGAAUAAAUGCGAGGCUGUAG